AUGGUCUACAAGAUAGGGUACAGCUACGAUCCGCACAACCGUUUCUUCAACCGCAGCUUCGGGUAUGUGCACGAACGGCAGAAGUGGGAGAAAAUGAUCGUGGUGUAUGUCAGCCACGAGACCCUGGGUCCUGCCUUCCUCGAGGCUGCUUUGAUCCAGAGGUUCAAAGGACAGCAAGGCUGUCGAAAUGAAAGAGAUGGAGGAGACACCGUGU